AUGGAAGCGGGCUUACUUGAAGAGUGCUUCGUGACUGCGGCUGUGGGGUUGAACAUAAUCAGUUUUGGCUGUACGAUCGGCUUCCCGGCGAUUCUGCUGCCGCAGCUGACCGGCUCGAAGAUUCUGCUUAGCAAGGAGCAGGAGUCGUGGUACGCCGCCAUACUCCCACUCAGCGUACUGAUCGGCAACUUCGUCACGCCGCCAAUCAUGGACGGCUUUGGACGCAAAGUGACGCACUACGCCCUGACCAUCAUCUCCCUGGUGGGCUGGUGUAUCACUAUCAUUGCUAACAGUUUUGAGGCCCUAAUAAUAGGCAGAUUCUGGCAAGGAAUAGCAGCUGGUCUCCUCACCACACUGCGCUCAGUUCUCAUCGGAGAAUGCACCAGGCCAGAACACCGCGGAGCAUUCCUGACAACUGUGUCAAUAAGUCAAGCAUUCGGCGUAUUUUUCGUCCAUCUCGUCGGAUCUUUCUUAAGUUGGCAAAGAACUGCUAUAAUUUGUGUAUUCGUUCCUUUUGUAAGUUUGGUAAUGGUUGCUUACACACCAAAGUCUCCUAGCUGGUUGCUGAAAAAAGGGAGAUACGACGAAUGUAAAGAAGUGUUUCGGUGGCUGCGAGGUUCUGACGCAGAAGAUGAGCUAUCGCAGAUGAUACAAGCUAGAUUAGCGUACAAACGUGCUGAAAUAAAAAACCCCAGCUUUACGCGGCAUUGGUUCAUAAAUCUAAUAUCCAUCAUAAGGAAAAGGGAGUUUUACAAACCCGUAAUACUAAUGGUGAUAAGCAACAUCCUAAUGCACAUCUCUGGUGCGUCGACAUUUUCUCCAUACGCAAUUCUAAUUUUAGGUCUAUUGAUGGGAUCGGACGCAAAUAUUUAUUUCUGGAUGGUAUUUUUAGACACCAACAGAUUUGUAACCAAUAUAUUAGCUAUUUACAUAAUUAAUCGUGUCAAGAGACGGACAAUGGUGUUAGCUACUGGCGUACUAUCUGUCGCUAGUCAUGUAGCUAUAGCUUGCUACGUUUACUUCAAGCAAAACGGAUGGGACUACGAAGGGAUAUGGCUACCGGCUUUGCUGAUCAAUCUACAAUUUCUAGCGGUGGGUACUGGCAUGGUACCAAUGCCGCAAGUAAUCGGCGGAGAGAUAUUUCCCUUGGAAUACAGAAGCAUCGGCGGAACGAUAAGCAUGGCUGCAGGAGUUGGCAUUAUGUUUGUGGCGUUAAAAACUUUUCCAAAUCUGACACAGAACGUCGGCCUCGAAGGCACGUAUGGUUUAUACGCAGUGAUACUAUUAGUUAACUUGAUAGCAUUAAUGUUGUGGUUACCAGAAACGAAAGGGAAAACUCUUCAGCAGAUAGAAGACGAACUGCGAGGAGAUACAUUUCGAGACGGGGAGAUAUUAGAGGAAAAGUCGUUACUCUGUGAGGAAGAGUCGUUACUCUGUGAGGAAGAUUUGUUACUCUGUGAGGAACAUAACGAAUCUAGAUGCAGCAGUCCCACAGACAUACAGAAUUUUCAGUAAACAUUUUAACGUGAUCGUUUCAGUUUUACAUUAAGCGCAACAACCCACAUUGGAACAGCAUGGUACGUCCAUAGCCAUGUGGUACAUAGUAUUUGUUUCUACAAACCCUACGCUUUUAAAACUAAAGAAAUGUAUGGGAACGACAGGUCCGAUCGAUAACUUGAUCACGUGACCUGCGACAACGAAUGGCAUUCCUAAACAUUUAUCAAUUUUCGAAGUGUUUUCUAUUGUAGAAAGAGAAUCGUCUGCGACAUGCAUACAGGCCCAAGACCUGAUGGGCUGUUAAAACCGCUGAUAAUGAUUAAUUAAGAUCAUUAGCAAAAACAGAAGACAUAUCGAGUGUGAACUGUUGUACAAUAAAAGAACGAAUAUCAACUA